AUGAAUUCUGAUGUGCCUCGUCAGAAGACGACGGCAGAUUUCGGUUGGUCUGCUGUCGUUUUGUUUUACUCUGACAUCCGCCUUGAUUCAUCACUCGAGGCCACCUCUUCCGGUUACGAUGGCAACACAGUGAGCUCUCAUAUUUCAUAUCUUAUGACAGAUAUUGUCGAAGCAGUGGCGCUUACAACCAGUAAAAGAUCCAGUCGGCUACUCAUUUCUGGCUACAUCUAUUCAUAUGGCCAUCAAACUAAUGACGGGCAUAUAAUGACUGUUCUUGUUCUAGAUGUAAUAGACACUUCGAAGCCUACUCAGUUUGGAUAUAAGUAA